CCCCCUCUAUUGCUCCCUCUUCUAGGGUUUUUCCCUCCUCCUCCGUUGUUUUAUGUCCGUGGUUUUCCUGAUUCUUCCCGCUCUUAGCUCCGUCUCUUCUUCACCUACUGAAUUGAAUCGGUGAUUUUCUUUGUUGUUUUCGCUGUCUAAAUCCUUCGUCUUCCUCGUUGUUAGCAUCCAAGAAUUCGGGAUUGACGGUAUUGUUUAGGUGUCUCUUUGAAUCCUCAAGAUGGCAGCUGAUCAGCGGAGGAAACGGAUGAACAGUGCCAAUAUUGUUGGUUUUUGCUCUAGGGAGCAUUAUAGAACCAAAAAGAAAAAGAUUGCUCCACCCAGCAGUCAUUUGAAUACAAGAGAUCAUAUUAAUCUUGAGUGGGACAGCAACAGAAAUAAGGUUGUUGCCAAGAGGGAACAAGUUGGAAUAAGCUUGAGACAUCUGCGCCAGUUUGUUAAUCCUGUUCCUCGUAGACAGAAUUUCUUGGCAGACGUGUGCUUGGUUCCAGAAGAAUUUUUUGAGUUGGAAAAUAUGUCAGAGGUGCUUUCCUAUGAGGUUUGGCAGUCUCUUCUAUCAGAAGGUGAAAGAAGUUAUCUACAACAAUUCCUUCCCAAGGGAGUAGAUGUGGAGCAAGUGGUACAAGCAUUGCUUGAUGGGGAUAAUUUUCAUUUUGGAAAUCCUUUUCUUGACUGGGGCACAGCUGUUUGCUCCGGCGAGUUCCAUCCAGAUGGAAUUCUUUCUCAGGAGGAACGCAUUAGGGCUGAUAAAAGACAAUAUUACUCAGAGUUACAAAAAUACCAUUAUCAGAUUAUAGAUUAUUUGCAGGAGUUGAAGGAGAAAUGGGAAAGCUGCAAAGAUCCAGAGAGGGAUAUUGUUACACAUAUGUGGGGGAGAUUAAGAGGGAAAAAUGCAAAUGCUACCACCAGUCGCCAGGACCUUGAGCAGGAUCUAACUGCUCCAUCUGAAUCUUGUUCUUGGGAUGCCGAUGAAAAACCAUGUAGUAGUGAUAAUAAGAAUGCUUCUGUUGCUAGGACUAGGGAAGUUCAGAAAAGGUCCAAGAGUUUUGCAAAAAGCAGAGAGAGAAAAAAAUCUGGAAGUUCCUCGGUUGCUCUAGAUAGUGCCGUGAACAUUGGUGCAAAAGCUAGAAAAAAGGACAAGCUACCGAAACAUCACAGCCAACAAACUGAUGGUGCUAAAUACAUGUCGUAUCUUAAGAUAAGCAAGAAGCAAUAUCAGAUUGUCACAAGCAUGAAACAGUCUGGUACGAGCAUUCAGUCAAGAGCACUUAAUCGUAUCUUAGGUAACAUUGAGACGUUGGAUGUACAACCGUAUGGAGUUUUUGUAGAAGAAGAGAAGGAGAAAUUGAAUGCACAUUGGCUGCAAUUGGUAAAAGAUAUUCCUGCAGCAUACGCAAUCUGGAAAAAGUUAGAGUUACAGAAACGGGAUAUAAUCAAGUCUGUGGAAGGAGAACUGAAGGACAAAGUCAAUCCAUGGAUGGAGGAUGAACAGAAACUGUACCAUGCGGACAAUCCCCUUGGGAAGGAUGAUUUUCAUAGGAACAAGGACACGGUGGAAGAGGACAAAAAAGGUUUGAUUCUGGAUCAGAACAGUGAUUCAGCACCACUCCAAGAACCAGACGUUGAAAUUUCUGGGAAUUCCAGUCAACUAUCCACUAGAAAUGACUUCCCCCCUGCGCUGGAGUUAUCCUAUUACAGCAAACAAACCAGAGAUUCGGGUCAGUGCUUGCAACUUGCUCCGUCCUCGUCACAGAUUUCUUCACCAGAUUGUGGCAAUAAUGUCAAUCUAAACGAUAUAGAAAAGAAACAAUAUUCCUUUCCUUGUUCUCCCAACUGCGACCAUGACAUCACGGAAAAGAAGGCUGAAGAAGAUGAAUAUUCGUGUGCCCUACAAGAUCAGUCUCUCCCACAGGCCUCUCCUGCUAGUGAGCACCAUGCCUUAGAGCUGAAUAAUAUCAAUUCUAUAGGCAAGAAACACAUUUCAGAAAUGGAGAAUUCCUCAUCAGUUAUGCCAGAACUGUCAACGAAUUUGAGGAUCCCUUCAAGUCAUGAGUACUCUCAGUUUUGUUCCAGUGGAGAUGUGUGGCAACCCAUGGGAGGAAAUGGGCAGUCUUACAUAGACCGCGAAGCUUACACAAGUGGUGGUUUAUCAAUCGUGCAUAACCCUCGUGGCAAUGAAGAAGAAUCAUUUCAUAAUCCUCAAGGCGAGGAAGAAGAAUCGAGAAACUGCUUCGUAGGUCUUGCAUCAGAUGUGCGCAAGGAAGAUGAUAGGAAGAAUAUAUUGCAGACACAACCAGAUGGCGGUUCCUUUGGUUCUUUCCCGAACAAUGAUCGAAAAGAGCUACUCCAUUCUCUAUUCAAAGGGCAGGACAUGCCGUCUCAUCACUUGGAACAGCUUCACAUUCUCCUUAGAGGGCCACAUAAUGAAGAGCAUAAACAGAUGAUGGGUAUGGAUUUCCAGGAACCAAGCAACAGUCUGAUGGACGGUGGUCAGUUUUCAGGUCAUUUCCCCGUUCAGAUGCCGCCUCCACAUGCAAUGGCCCAGAACCAGCAAACACAGAAUCACAUUUAUGGCGUAGGAAGCAUAUCAGAGAACAUUUACUGCGAUGGACGUGAAUUCUUGAUGCAGAGGCAGGACUGGGAUACGAGUUCUGCACAGAUGGGAGUCACUAUACAUCCCCAGUUGAGUACAGGACCUGUGUUAAGUCAGAAUUGGCAACUUAGAAGCGUUUGGGCAGACACAAAUGGCUUGGGUUGCGCAAGCCAAGGCAAUCAAGCUAGGGCCAACAGAGAUCCCAGCCUUUUAAGAGGUGUUAGUGAGGCCGAGCAGAUCCUUCACAGGGGAAACAGCUCAGACCAGAGCUUAUUCUCUGUUCUCUCUCGAUGUAGCCAACUGCACCACUCCAGAACGCCCUGUGAAUCAACUAGUGCUAAUGAUCGAUUUGUUGCACCCAGUAACUAUGGCAUGAUGACAGGUGGAGCAGCUCAGGUAGACAGCAAUUUGCCUCAGCCUGCUGACCCACUUGAUUACUUGAGUGACAAUAACCCAGCGACAUCUUUGAUGCCAGAUGAUGUUGGGUGGAUGAACCAGACCCAUGAGAGCUCUGCUCUCCAUGACCCACUAGGCAAGCUGUAUCCCAGGUCAUGGAAUCAAUAACGCUGUUUCUCAAGUUGUAGAUGGCAGAAACCGCAGGUUCAAUUGAAAAUUUGAAACCAGCGUAGUUGGUGACAAACAGUGAAACCCAGUGGUCAGGGGUUUCUUUUUUGGGUUCUAGCAAGUAGGUGUACAUAGGGAGAUACAGAAAUGCAGAACUGAGACGCAGUAUGGUUGUUUUUGUACAUAUAUAUCUAGGCAUUUGUUAUAUGGUCGACAAAAGCAGCUACCGUUUGUUUGUUUUUUUUUUCCGUUGCGUAAUUUACUUUUAUUACCUACAAAGAGUACAUUUUCA